AUGGCCGUGUCGGAGAGCCAGCUGAAGAAGAUGCUUAGCAAGGUAACGGCGAGGCCGGCCGGGGAGCCCCUCCCAGCGGACUUCUGCCGGGGGGAACAGCCUCGGGGCUUCCUUCGCGCUCGCCCACCCGGCGGGUCCUCGAGGCCUCCAGAGUCAUUAUCUCUCCCUUCUUCCUGCUGCCUGGGGGGGGCGGGAUCCACAAAAAUAUCCUAGCCAGACACGAAUAAACGAGGCCGGCUUUCUGGCAGCAGGAAUGGGAAGGGUUUCUAAUUUCGUGGGUCGCGAGAAUGAUCCUCCUGGGAGUCCGCAAAGGGAAAGAGCGGGCCGAAAUAGUCCCUGGUCUGUCCAGUCCAAAAAGGGACCACCCUUAGCGCCCAACGCCUUUUGCUAACUCUUUGAGGCCUCCCUAGUUAUUACAGGAAAAUAAUGGGCGUGUUGCGAUCUCUCCCAAGUUUUCAGUUGGGUGUUUUGUUUUUGUGGGUUUCCGGAAUCAUUUGCUGCCCUAUGUGGCCUAUUUAAAGCUAAAUUCCGUUCUGAAAUGAGGAACAUGGGUACGACUAAGCUUUUAGUAGCUAAAGGAAUCAUGGAAACUAGUAAGCAAGUACUUUAGGAGUUUUUAAAGUCUAAAUAAACACAAAUUUGGUUUUAUUAUUAUUAUUACUACUGUACUACAUUUUUAAAAUAAGUAUGUAACUCAGCAAGUGAGCAGAGAUCAUUCAGGUUGGUGAAGGAGUUGGUUAGUUACCAUCAAAGAAUCUCAGUGAUCAAGGUUGAGUAUAAAGGUACUUUGGGCCCAAAUUGUGAAUUAACACAACUUGACCUAGUGUGGCAUCUGUUAGCAGCAGCUGGAUACAGUUUACUUGGGAGCUUUAAUGACUCUAAGGUAUUUAGAUAGUGUUAAAACAUUUAAUUUUAAAACACUCAAAAGUAAGAAAUUUACUAUAGGGUUAAAUUUACCAGGUUAUAGGAAAACCUGUCUGUCAUUUACAAAGAAAAGGAUGCCACCCAGCAGCUUAGUUCACUAAUUCCUUGUAUAAGCAACAUUUUUGUGCUGGGAAUUUCAUUUGGAGAAGGUUGUUAAUGUUCUUUAUUCUUCUGCUGAAAUCAGUAGAACAUAAAAGCUCUGAACAUUGAUGAAAGGUGACUAGAUUCAUGAUAAAACCUGGAUGAGAAUGCCAAACUGGUAUCAAUAUCAAACCAAAGUUCAGUUGAAUUGCAAAGUUCAGUGUAGGUUUGUUGUUAAAUUGUUAAUAAAUGAAGCUGUUUGUACUGUAUUUUUAUUUGCUGUGCUACAGUGGAAUUAAGUUUAUUGAAAACACAAACUCUUAUUCCUUCUUUAAUAAUUAUUAAUGCAUAGUACUUAAAGAAUAGCCUAACUAGUGAGUGCCAUUUAAUUUUAAUUUAAUCUUGAUUCUUAUAUGUGAGUAAGCUUCAUUGAAUUCAGUAGUAGUAAUUAUUAUUAUUAUUAUUAUUUAUUAUUAUUUAUACCCAGCCCAUCUGACUGGGUUUCCCCAGCCGCUCUGGGCGGCUCCCAACAGAAUAUUAACCAGAGUAAAACAUCAGGCGUUAAAAGCUUCCCUACACAGGGCUGUCUUCAGAUGUCUUCUAACAAUCAGAUAGUUGUUUAUUUCCUUGACAUCUGAUGGGAGGGCGUUCCACAGGGCGGGCACCACCACUGAGAAGGCUAUCUGCCUGGUUUUGUCUUCUGAGUAAACAUAUAGGAAUUGAGCUGUAAGCGUGCUUAAAUUUGCAGCCUUACAUCUCAUGUGCAGUUGAGUUCAGUGGGACUUACUCCCAAGUAAAUGUGUGUAGGACAGCAGUCUUACUCAUCCAGCUGAUCCUUUAGUUGGAUGAAGCUAGUUUAAGUAGUCAGCAGGUUUAAUGUACAUAUUCUCCCCUGAGUCAUUUUCUGAUCCAUUCUAUACUUAAUUGGCAAGUAAGUUGCAAAACCACCUUAUUACUUUGUAACAAGUUGAAUGAAGAGGAGGAAGUAGAAUGUAAUAAUGCAUCAUUGCCUGAUUAGACAACUGUGAUUUUAACCUUUAACAUACAUUUCUAACUGAGGGUGGGGACAGUAUUUUGUCAGCUUUUUGUUGUUAAAGAUUAUGAGUAGAAUUUUGCAUCUCAUCUUUGCUUCUUAGCUAGCACUAUGCUAUUUUGGGCCAGAUUCAACUAAGUGGAUGCAUUAGCGGGAGCUAGCACAAGGGCUUCCACUAGUGCAAUGGGACUUUCUCUCCUAUCCAGCUGGGGGUCAAGAGAACCCCCAGAACAGUGGGGAGGGGAGUUUGUUCUGUAGAAAUGCUUGCACUGAUGGAAUGUUUGUGCUAGUGUGACACUGAAUUCCUCCCUUUGUUUAGACUGGUUUUAUCAAAUUAGUGAUAAACCAUAGGAUUGAAUAUUUGAACUUGUUCAAGAGUAUUCUAAACGUUGAGCUAGUGUGGUGUAGAACAUAGAUACUAUUCAUAAUUCUUAAAAUAUUAAUUCUUGCAUUAUUCUCUUUUUUCGUGGCUGCAUAACUCUCAUUGUCUUCAGAUAAACAAAUAUAUUGGUAAUUAAUUGGACGUGAAUGUUGGUGACUGCCUUAAAGGUACAAAGUCACUAGUACAUUGCCAGCUGGCUCUGCACAGCUGAUUUUACUUGGCCAUGUUAGCAGAUCACAGACUAAAUCUGUAUUAUAAUGCAUAAAGGCAGGUAGCGGCGGCAUUGCAAACUCUGGUACUGCUUUCUGAGCAGUGAGGCCACAGAAGUUGACUGCUGUUGGUCUUAAAACCAAAGGCAAGGUGGUUCUUUUAAAAUGAGAUUCAGAAGCAAUACAAAAAACACAAGUGAAUGAGAAGGUUACAGAUUUUAUUCUCAAACAGCAAGCAAUGUAUAUAUACCAAGCAAGCACUUCAAUCUGCCAUUUAGAAGCCCUCAGGAAGUGGCAAAGCGACUCCCCCAGGUAGCCUCACUUUGCACAGCCCUGCAGCCGAUCAGGAGCUUCAAAGAAACUCUGCCGAAACCAUAGAUAGCAGGUGUGGCUUGCCAGACUGGCUAUGUGCAGAUCAUCCAUUAGCCACCCCCUCCCAGUGCUUCACCUUCUCAAAACAAUGUCCAAUGUCAAAUAAGGUUCCCAGCACUGUCCUUCCAACUGAUGAAGGGUGCUUUGGGGGGGGCUUCACCUCCUCCCAACUUUCUCAGGCCAUUAAAGACCGGUCUCACAUCAUCAAAAAACUUAACAAAAGCAAGGGAGGGGGAAGGAACAGAUCACUAACUCCUUGAUACAUUUUUGUCUUCUGGAUGCAUUUCCCAUACAAGGAGACCUUAAGAACAGGGAGUUGUGGACUGGGAUUGCUCAAGUAGGUGAGCAGAGUUGAUAAUGGACUAGAAAGAGGAGCUGGAAGGAAUCAGUUUUUUUGCUGUCCAGUGGAGAGUGGGAGGCUACAGAGAUAAGUGUGGGACAUGAGAGUGCUCUGGAUCAGUUGGCGCUGUGUGUGGAUGGCUGAGGUAGAGAAAGAUGGUCUUUGCAGAGAUGUUGGACUAAAUAUGUGCCUCUGUCAUAGAGACACAUAUUCUCUACUUAUUUCAUUGCCAUCAACAAUUUUAAAAAUCUGUUCAGUGGUCUACAUUAAUUCAUAAGUAUAUUCAUUUUGUUUGUAGAACUGCAUCAGCUUACCACAAGACAAAGAACAUGUUGGAUUAUGGAUAGUCUCAUUUCACUUGAGCAUCCUAAUUGUAGAAUUGAGUUUGAUUCACUUUGCAUCAUGACAUACCACUUAUACUUGAUCCUGGCAGGUCAAGUUUUCUCUAUAAUCUCUGGCUGUAAUUCAGCAAAGUGGUUCUAUAUAAAAAAGUAUUUAUAGUAUCUUACCUGCUGUGGAAGACUGUGCAGAUCUUGUUCUCUAGUCACUAUAGUUGUGUUGAAGGAAGUCUAAAUGUUUUCAGUGGAAGUUGUCUUUCAUGGAGCUUUAAGAUUUUCAAAAAUCUAUUUCCCCCUAGUACAAGUACAGAGACUUGACUGUUCAGGAAACUGUCAGUGUUAUUACCCAGUACAAAGACCUCAAGCCUGUAAUGGAUGGAUAUGGUGAGUAUGUUUUUCUUUUUUGUGUAGUAUUUUUGUUAGCUAGUCUAUGUCAGUGUCCUAUCAGUAUAUCAUAUUUUGUGUAAGAAAUUUUAUGACAAAGAAGAAAUGAGGUAACUUAUUAGAACAGGGUAGCUAACCUGGUGUUCCCCAGAUCUUGUUAGACUGCAGUCAGCCUUAGCUAGCAAACCCAGUAGUCAGAGAAGAUUUCAAUGAUAGUUAAGCAAGAUAUGGAGGACCAAAGGUUAGUCACCCCUGUACUGUGCUAAUUAUUUGAGACAUGCUUUUUGGCAAAAUGGUAAUAGGGAAACCUUUUUCCCCUAAGCCAAUGAUCAGGGAUGAUGGGAUUGUAGUCCAGCAAUGUCUGGAGUCCCACAGCCACCCCCCACUUGACUUGGAAAUAGUAUUGCUCAUUUUUAGGCUUUGCUUUGAAGGCUGACAACUACAAUAGCAAUUUUAUGGCAGCUUUAUUUUUCAUAGAUGCAAGAAUUAUAUGGAACAAAUCUGCCUGUCAUACAAUAAUUUGCUAGCCAUUUCUUAUUGUGUGGUGUUAUUAGUUCAUUUUCAUAGAAGAUGCUUGCUUGUAUAUAGAGAGGUAUUUGAUGAAAAGUUGUCUCUGAGAUUAUAUAUCUAUUUUGUCAAGCAUGCACACAAUUUUUGUUAUCUGUCUAUAAAAUGAACAGGUUGCAUAAGGCUUUUUUUUGCUUUUCAGUUUUUAAUGAUGGUUCAUCAAGAGAACUGAUGAGCCUCACAGGAACCAUUCCUGUAAAUUACAAAGGUAUGUAUUUGUCUUGGGUAGAUUGCCAGUACAUUACUUGAAAGCUUACAUCAUUUACUUUGAUCAGCUUGGUCACGAACUUGUUCUGAAUGCUUUGUUCUUAGUUUUGGACCUUUGUAUAACUGUUUUGUGUUGCCACAUACAGGAGAUUUUCCUAUUCUUUGUGCAGUGUCCAACAAAGUUUUUUCAUUAGCACAAUGUGUGCAAUGGAAUUUCCCCCGCCCUGCAUGUACCCUGGGAGAAGGGCUCAAGGAGACUUCCAGAACAGUGGGCUAGAGGGCAGUCUGCUUCUGUUAGUGGAGGUUAGAAGGCCUUUCAUCACUACAAGGGCAGCAUUUGUAAUCAUUCCUAUUUCACAGCAUUAAAAUAUAUUGUCAGGAGGAGAAAAUAAUAAUGCAUUCAUCUUUUUUUUUAAAUAACUUCUUCAGGUAACACAUACAAUAUCCCAAUAUGUCUGUGGCUGUUGGAUACAUAUCCAUAUAAUCCACCAAUCUGUUUUGUUAAGCCAACUAGUUCAAUGACAAUUAAAACUGGGAAGCACGUGGAUGCAAAUGGCAAGAUAUACCUUCCAUAUCUACAUGAAUGGAAACAUGUAAGUACAAUUAUAAAAUUCUUAACCAUUAGCCCUAAAUUAUUUCACCAUUUAAGUAGCAGUUUUGUUGAAUAUUCUGCUUUUUCCUUUGGUCAUUUGUUAUAGCAGAAGGAUGUGGCAUUGGGAAACUGGGGUCUCUAUUGAGUAAAAGCUUAGCACUCUUACAUAGUACUAAUUGUGUUACUGCUUUUGUCAUAUUUGAUCUCCAUUCAUGAGAUCCGCAAUUGGAAUGUGGCCUGCCAUAAAAUGUCUAAUUGCUGCUGAUAAUUAAUACAGUGGUGCCUCGCAAGACGAAAUUAAUCCGUUCCGCAAGUGUCUUCGUCUAGCGGUUUAUUCGUCUUGCGAAGCAACCCUAUUAGCGUCUUAGUGGAUUAGCGCUAUUAGCGGUUUAGCGGCUAUUAAAGGCUUAUCGGCUUAGCGGAUUAGCUGCUAAAAGGCUAUUAAAGGCUUAGCGGCUUAGAUAAAGGGGGGGAAAAGCGAAAAAAUCUCAAGACUCGCAAGACAUUUUCGUCUUGCGAAGCAAGCCCAUAGGGAAAUUCGUCCUGUGAAGCAACUCAAAAACGGAAAACCCUUUCGUCUAGCGGGUUUUCCGUCUUGCGAGGCAUUCGUCUUGCAGGGCACCACUGUAUGGGGUUAGGGUUCAUAUUCUCAUCAGUACUUUCUCAGUGAUAUGCUACACUUUAAUUUUUAUCAGAUAGUGAUUGCACCUGAAUUGGAAUAUACUUGACCAAAACCUACAAAUAGAGUAACCAAAUGACCACCUAUAACAGACAAGGUGAUGGAUGCAAUGUCAUUGUUAAUCUUUGUGGGAUUAAAAAAGCAAAGAGAUUUUUAUAUGCUUUCCCCUUAGCCACAAUCAGAUUUGAUUGGCUUGAUUCAAGUGAUGAUUGUGGUGUUUGGAGAAGAACCUCCAGUCUUCUCUCGGCCUACCAUUUCAGCAGCCUACCCACCUUACCAGGCAACAGGACCACCAAACUGUAAGUACCUUGUACCCCAUAUACUUGCAAAUUGCAAUGAAAACAAGUAGAAUAAUGGCAUGGUGUAUUGUUGAAAGGAUCUAGUUAAUGUAGUAUUGGUUUCUAAAUAUGUAGUUAUGUUGUUUGUUAAAACAUAAAGUAUUCCUUCUGCCAAUUGCCCAGUCCAGAGCACAAGUUGUAUAGCCAAUAUUCAUUCUGUGUAAUCUUUUUCAGCAGCUCUGAGUUUGGUUUAUUUAAAUGCAGAGAAUUAGGCUAGAUAUUUUGAGCAUGCUGCCUAAUAACUGUUUUGAUUAUAAAUAAAUUUCUAUGAAAGAUGUUCAGUUUUUUAGCACCCACACUACAAACUCAACAAUGUUGCUACAAUUCAUUUGAUCCUUGAUCUAUUUUCAAACAUUAUUUAUGCUAAUAUUUUGCAAUUAUCAGUACAGUACCUUCAUAUGUCAUUGUUUCUGAAACUUACUUAUUUUGUAAUGCUAGCAGAGUUAUAUUGGCAUCCUUUAUACUAAUUUUCUUUUAAUUGCAAAUCAAAUUAAAAACUCGCUUUGGUAUCUAAUUUUUGGGUAUCUAAUAAUGACACUUUUAUGUUCCAUUGCUCUCAAAUUCUGAGAAAAAGAUGUUCCUACAACUGUUAAUUAUUUUGCAAGAAUUUACUGUGCUAUUUUAUAAGAUGUGUAGGGCAUAUAUUUGAAAUGUAUACUUAUACCAGUUUGAAAACAGGGAUUAUUGUAGGGAAAUUCGUUUUAUAGAACAAAAACCUGUCAUUGUUAGAUGUACCAAUGCUGAACACUCAAGGAAAUUUGCUUUCUUUUCUGCCAUUUUAGCAUUGCAAAAAGCUUUCUCAUUGUACAGUACUUUUUACCACCAGAGAAUAUCAUCUCUGCCAGUAGGUGUCAGCCAAAUAUAGAAUAGCCAGGAGUUUGACUUCAGAACUAGUAAAGCUAUAUAUUGCCAGCUUGAAAGUAACACUAAUGUUUUGACACCAUCACUUUAAAAAUCAUAGGUAGCUGUCCUGGUCUUCAGUGGGGGUGUGGGGUGGGGGUGUGCAAAACCACAGUUUUGGGAACCACAGUUGGGAAAUAGCUUCAUUAGGACCCUUGGAAAUGUAAUUUUAGUAGUGAGCAAAUUUUCAGGUUCUCCAGAACUCUUCAUUGCACUGAAUGUAGAGUUGGUGCAGUGAGAGAUAUAACAUAACAUAAUGGGGAAAGCCCCAAAGUGCAGUCUCAAUUGUCUUAAAUUGGAGUGUGGGAUGUGUUACGUAUACUUAACAAAUGCAAGACACACAUCACAUCUAAUUCAUUGAUUUCUUCCUCGUGUCCCAUCUUGGACCACUCCAGAAACUCCCUCAAAUUUCAGGUGAUUUUUGGAAGGGGCGUAGUGAGCAGCAGUGGGGAGGAGGGGGCAAGUGGACCUUUUCCCUCACAAUUCUGGAACCAACUCUACAGAUCCAGCUCUUAGUAUGAGCAUUUUAAUCUUUAUUAUUAGAUUAAUUGCUUCAUUUUAAUAAUGGCUUGUUUGUAAGGACUCCCUGGUUAUAUAGGACUGGAUUCAAUUAAAGUACUAAACAGUUGUACUAGCAGGAGCCAGUGGAAGGACUCCCAGUAGCACGGUGGGGUCUCCCCACACUAUCCGCUUUGGGAGGAAAAAACCCCAGACUGCAGGAGGAGAAGAGGGGAGAUUGUUCUGUCAAGCAAGCAAAAACAUUUGCACCAAGGGAACAGUUGAAAUAAUGUGAUGUUGAAUUCCACCUAUGGAUCUGAAUAUGUGUAAGGAAAAAAUGGGAUAAAUGAACACUCUGAAUUGGCUUAUGCAGCAAGAGUAAAGUAACUGAAAUGCAUAAUAAGUGCAAGCACAACAGGGAAGACUAGGAACAGGAAUGGUUUCCUGGGCUGCUGUUUGCUUAUUCUGAAGGUGGGGCAGGGGUCAAGAAGACUUUUUUGUCUUUUCUUUCCUUCUGCAUUUUCUUCAUUUGGGCUAUUAAAAAAUAACUUUUACAACUGUAGAAAUUACAAAUGGGCUGCAUCAAUACUUGUCAUUCUAUUAAUAAAACAGCUGCUUCUGUUCCACAAAGGGACUGAGGUUCAGUGGAGACUUGGGGAAGUGAUUAUUGCCUCUUGUCUCAGCACCAACUUCCAUGGUCUUCCAUAGAAUACCCCCUCCCCCUGUCCUCCAGAACAACUUUCAGGGGUCAGAAAUAGCAGGAAGGAAUAGGUAAGCAUUGCCUCUUCCAUUUCCCCCAGAAGGUUUCUGCUCACAGGAAGUUUGGAUCUAAUCUAGUUGGAUGUAUUCAACUAAGUUCUACUCAACCCAUUGAAAGAAAUAGACCUAAGUUCAUUAUUUCCAUUCAUUUGGUAGAUCUACCUUGAGUAGAGGCAACCCAAUUACUUAUUUGUUAAGAUAAUUUUAUAUAAUUGAACAACACUAUCCUAAAUUGUUAAAAUGUUUGAAAUUGUUGUUGUGCACAGCUUCCUAUAUGCCAGGAAUGCCAAGUGGAAUGCCUCAUUUCCCUCCUGGACCACCACCUAACCCAAGGUAAGCUAUAGUUUGCUGAAUCUGCUGAUCCAAUAGACUACACUGGCAAUAUUGGACAAUGUGAUGUUGUGCCCAUUUCUGAAAUUGAGAGUGAUGGACUUUAAAAGCAUUAGAUUUGUAUUCCAUUCAUCUUGAGUUCAGUUUUGUCUGGGUGUUGAGUCAGGGUCUUUUAUAUGUUGUUAUUUAAAUACAGUAAUCAAAAACCCUGGUUGCAUUUAAGGCCCCUUCAUUUGGGUAAAGCAGUGAUUAAGUGUAUAGUGAGCAAAAUUGGUGUCAUUGUAAACCUAUACUUCUAAAAUGACUCACAUUCUUGCCUUUUUAUAAAACUUUUCAGCUUGCUUCCUGCAUUCUUAACAUUAUUUGGCUGCAUCCUCUCCUGAUGAGAGCCCUUUUAUAUAUAAAAAAUCUAGGCUUCCCAUGUUCAAAGAACACAUGUAGGGGGGUGCACAGCUAUGCAUGUUUUUUUUUCUGUCUCUGAUGUCUCUGUUCCCUCCAGCUCAUCCCCCAGACCUUUGUGCACUGGGCAGAAGAUCUGUUGGGAGAAUGUGUGUAAGUUCAGCUUAAUGCACACAGGCUCCUCCACAAAAUUUACAUCUAUACAUCCACAGAACUCCUAGUUACAUGGAGGAGCCUGUGUACCUUUUGCUGAAUGUGUGUAAGUUUCCCCUUCAGACUUUCUGCCCAAUAUGUAUAAGUCUGAGGGUGAAGCCAGCAAUAGACAGUGUGGGCAGUGGUGGUGGAGCAACUCCAAAACAGACCCAGGAUUAGAACCCAACGUACUGGAGCAACUGCUGCACGUGUUCUGGCAGGGCCCCAUUGGAGCUGAUGCCAGUCUUGCUAUCACCCCCAUUGACACCUUGCCUGGCAUUUCCACCACCAUUGGGGUCUCUGUCCAAUGCUGUUACCACCACCAAUCACUACCCUCCACCAGCAGGUGCCAUUUUCAUAUGGGAGCCAAGCUACCACUCAAACUCCAGUCCGUGGUGGGUGGCCACUAUCUCAGGACCCCCAAAAUGCAGUGCUCACAAACGGGCAUUGCAUUUGGAGUCUCUGAGAUGGCAGCCAUCUGCUGCUGAAGAUCAGAGCUGAGUAGUAGCCUGUUUUCCAUCAAAAACACCGCUGCCAUCUGCUGGAUAAGCACAACCAGAGGGAGUGAGAAAUGACUGGUGGCAGCAGAAUUGGUGGGCAGAGUGCCCAAGGGAAGACACAUUGUUGGGCAGGGGAACUGAGAGAGGCCCAGUCUGAGAGUCUACUAAAAUCUAACACCAACCUCGAUAUAAUACACUGCUACCUUAUGCACAUGUUCUUUUAAUGUAUGGAGACAGAAGAGGGCUGAGGACUGCUUUGUUUCUACACAUCGGCUCAUUUUCUCCCUUUAGUUGUUGGCUAGUGUUAGUACAAUGAAUUAAACAGUUAGGCUUGUUCACAAUAGACACAGUUCUGAGUGUAGAAAUCCCACACAUAUCCUGUGGUAUUAUUGUCUCUAGUUUCCUACUAUUGAUGGCUUAUUAGUUCUGCCAUCACUAUAUGGAUUAUAUAACUUAUUCUGAAAAUGGAGUGCAUGGCACCAACUGAGUGGAAAUAGAGGGCACUAACUUUUGAGGAAAGUAACGUAGCAUGCAGAAACUCUAAAAUGUGUACAUGCUCUGUCAGUUGGAGAAGCCUGCUCAAUCUCCCCUCUGUAAUUGAAACCACCAAGGCAACAUAGACCUUUUCAAAUGAAAAUAAUGCAACAAAGUACAAACCUGCUAACUGCUAGCAGAAUGAACGAUGAAUAAUUAGACUGAGUGCCUCUACCUGUCUUCAGCUUUAAUCCACAAAUGUGAAGAAACUUUGAUCAGGGAACUUGAAAUUUAUUUAUACAUAUUUGAAUAACAUUGAUUAAAACAUUGAUACCUCUGAAACCUAUGGAUGACAACAAAUUUCUCAUAGUCUUGAAUAUUACUCUGACUGUUUAUAUCUGCAUAAGUGGCUCUUUUUAAAAUUCUGUUUGUCUAUUAUAAAUUGUUUAAAUGUAAAAAAAAUAUUUUGUUUUUGUUUAUGAAUGGAGAUAUUAACUAAAGAAUGCAUAACACUAUGUCUUUCUCCCCCUCCCCUUUCGAGUGGUUACCCAAGCUAUCCUUACCCUCCCCCUAGCGGAUCAUUUCCACCAACAACUAGCACACAACACUACCCUUCUCAGCCUCCUGUAACUACUGUGGGUGAGUAGCUUUGAAAGUGUCUUUUUCCGAAUGUAAUGAGAUUGCUCAUUCUAAAUAUGCAGCAUAAAGCAAAUCCAAAUACACCUAUUUCUGAGAUGGGCAUUAAGUGCCUCGUGGCAAAAACAUCAGUUACAUUACACUUUAACCAUGCUGGAUGUUCAUUUUUUUCUCCUUUGUUUGAUUUAUGGAACAAUCAUUAACUGUUUUCACUGUUCAACAAACUUCAUUUUUAUUGAACUGUUUUAUGUAAUGAAGUCCACAUGUAUUUGAAAAUAUUAUGUUUGCAGGUCCAAGAUAAAUUAAAGCCCAAAGGCUUCUUCUUUUUUAAGCAUACAUAUUUAUUAUGUUCUUAUUAACUGGGGGAAUGAUCUUGUAGCUAUGAACUUUUCAAUGAUGAGAAAGGGGUGGGUUUCAUUUGAUCACACCACUGAAUGUACCAGGAACUUGAACAGCAGCAUCAUUUGGACACAAGAAUGAAGAGGCAUGUAGCCAGUGUGGAGUAACUGCAGUCCAAGAGGCAGUACUACAGCCUAUUUACAAGCCUUUUGCUAUGUCAGCCAAGGAUGGAGCACAGUACCUAAGGAUGAUGUGAACUGAAGAAACCUUGAUUGCUGUCGGGUCAGUAGCACUGAAAAUACAGUUGAGUUCCGUGCUUAACUGGAAGUGAACCAAGCUAUCCUUGACUCCAUCGUGUUUUCCAGUACUCUCCCAAACUGUGAUUUUCCCCCUACUCUUUUUGUGUGUGAUGCAAGUGUAGAAGUGCCGUUCAUGAAGUAGCCCAGCUACCAUCACCCGAUCUUCAUCUUGUGAAGUUUGUUGAUCUGUAAGCUAAAGGUGCCAAUCAACAGCUUUCUUCUGUUUCACAUUCAGUGUAAUUCUUGGGUGCUGAAAUGCUUGCUCACCUGUGUUACUACUUAGCCUAGAACUACCAGACCUGUUCAGGAGAGAAGUCCUAAGAAUCUGAAAGUAUUGUUGCCUCUAGUGAUAAGCAAAAACUUGAAAACCCUCAAAAGAGUAUGAUUUAGAAAGCACUUUAUUAUUUAGCACAAAGACUGCAAGAUCCCUGGCCUCAUCAUCAUCCACUAUUUUCUUGUCCAAUGUCACAUAGAAUAUAUUUGAACUCCAAAAAUUAUCAUCACUUUUGUUGAGCUAUUACUAUUAUCGUUAUUGUUAUUUUACAGGUCUAUGGACUGCUUCAGAGCCAUAUGCUAUUGAAGCUAUGUACAAUAAGAUCAAAUACAAAAGAUGCAAACUCUAAAAACAAUAAAACCAUUUUUACAAUUAUAAAAUUGACUGGAUUGCAUGUCAGGAAAAGACUUCAUAAACAAAAACAAGUUGAAAAUUGAACGGAGAAUGUAAAAAUGAUAAUUUUCUGUAGUUUAAUACUGGAGGUCUACAUUGUUUAGAAGAGAUCAAAUUAUUAUUCUUUCAGGGCAGUAAUAGAAAAUCUAUCCCUAGUGCAAGCUUUCUAGAGUUUUGUUCAGAAAAUGAAUUUUUAAAAAUGGAGGUGUAAUGUGGCAACAAAAAUUAAUCCUGUCAGGCAAAGUGUGGAAAUGGUUACAUAAAUUUCUACAUAAGAUUUAAUAGAGAAGUAUAACUCUGCUCCCUGGGCUUUCUUAACAGUUGAAGCUUUCUCUUCUGCUUGAAAGGUAUGGACUUCUGCUCCUGACCUUUUGUUAAUUUUGGAAAAAAAUCUGGAAGAACUUCAUUCUGAGUAGAGCACAUCUAUCAAACCUAUAUACUUUAUCAAGAUCUAAAUGGAUUGUUAGCAACUUUAUUUAGAAAAGAUAUUUUCACUUGCUCUUGUAAGAUUGAUCAAAAGGGUACAUGAGCAUGCAUUCCUUUCCAUUGAUCUUAUAACUUGCAUACAGGCAUUUUUACCUGUAAACUUUACACACCAAUCUUCAAAUAAAGAGUUGACUUUAUGGAUUAUUAUGCCAUGUAUUUUAAGAUAGAGGUGUCUCAUGUUUUGAUUUUUACAUGGAAUAAUUCAGACAACACUGAAUAAAGUUUUCAGGAGGUGCUUGGGCCACAAAAUUUAUGAAGCAUUAAUGUAUGUUUGUUCUCUUAAUAGCAGAUGGCAGAAGAAAGCAGAAACAGGUAUGGAUAUGUGGUCAUUCUUACGUUUUCUGGGCAGAAAAAAGAGCACUUGAAAGAAGCUUUGGCCCACAGUUGGGCAUUCGACUGGAGGAUGCCAAACUACAUUGGCUAGGAAAGAGUGGCAUGACGUGGGAUCAGUUGAUACCCAGCCUAUUGCACACACGGCGGCGUCUAACAGAUCCUGAUAUAUUGGUGGUCCAUCUAGGAGGAAAUGACCUUGGGACAUACGCAGAUUAUGAUAUCAUAAGACAAAUGAAGAAAGAUAUAAUACAUAUUAAGAUAACAUUCAAGAACAGCAUCCUUGUCUGGUCUAAUAUUGUACCCCGCAAAGCAUGGAGCCAAGAUAUGUCCCAUGAAUUCAUGGAGAAAAGCAGGAAGCGAGUAAAUCGGGAAAUCGGCAGUUUUAUGGAACGUAUUGGAGGGAUUAUAAUCAAACACGAUUCACUUGUCCCAGAGUCUCCAGGAUUGUUCCAUCUAGAUGGUGUUCUCUUGUCUGCAAGUGGCACAGAUGUCUUCAACCUGGAUUUAUUAAGUGUUUUGGAGACUCUGAUCUAA